GGCGAAGCGGCUGUAAUGGCCCUAAACCGGGAAUGCGAGAUAGUUCUUUACAGCGAUCAAAUCCAUGAGUGCGCUGGUUCAAGACUGUCCCCUCCAGAAAACUUGGUGUCCACAUGUUCCUUGCGCCGAAAGGUGUAAUCGGACUUGGAAUAAUCGGUCCUUGAUUGGCCAGGGAAGCAAUUCCGCAACCUGCAGGAUCUGCCGAGUUAGUCGUAGGAGAUCAGGGCAUGUCAUCAGACGCGCUGUGGGUCGUGCUGCUCGCAAACCUUUUUGGCCCUUUUGUUCAAGAGACUAGCGAUUGUCAUGACUUCACCACGACAAGCAAGCACCACACCCGCCACAUUGCUACAACAAAGGCUACAGUUACCAAACGUAAGAGCAACUUUUGUCCACACCAUCUAACAAACGGCCGGUCUCUCGCUCAUCAUGCUUUAGCUACCACCGGGCCGACCCCGUGGUCACGAUGUUUGGUCGGCCUGAUUAGUGAUUGGUAGCAUCAAAGGUCUCGGCGCCUUGUUACCUUCCAUGUCUGCUCCACAUACCAAGCGUAUUUGCCAGAUAAUCAAGGUGCGUACUGCGGGUUCUCGCCUCGUGUAAUAAAUGCUCAGACCCCUGACCGUUCAUCAUAGCUCAAACCAGAAUGCGCCGAC